AUGAGAACUAGCCCCCAUCGGCCACUGAUCCUCAAGAGACGGAGGCUGCCCCUUCCUGUAAAAAAUGUCCCCGGUGAGACGCCAGAAGGGGACCCCAGGAGGUCCCUGGCCCAAGCACAGGCAGGGCAAAGCCAGGCCCCCAAAGAGGGGGCAGAGGCUGGCGACUGCCAGUUUCCAGCUGGGAUCAAAAUUAUUAACCACCCCACCAUGCCCAACACCCAAGUGGUGGCCAUCCCCCACAAUGCCAAUAUCCAGAACAUCAUCACGGCCCUGACGGCCAAAGGAAAGGAGAGUGGCAGCAGUGGGCCCAACAAGUUCAUCCUCAUCAGCUGUGGGGGCGGCCCCCCACGGCCCCCAGGGCUCCAGCCUCAGGCCCCAGCCAGCCAGGAUCCCAGGAGGACCAAAGUGAUCACCGAGACCCUGGGAUCAAAGCCUGCAGCCAGGGAUGGGAAUCUCCCUCGGCCGCCUCCGCCUCCGCCUCCGCCUCCGCCUCCGCCUCCGCCUGCCGCCUUCCCUGGGCACCACUGGGAGAGAAGUGUUGGCGGUGAGGUCGCUGGUUGCACUGCCAACAACAACCUGACCAGCAUCCAGUGGCUGGGAAAGAUGCACCCCAAUGGCAUGGGCUCCUGCAGCAUCAAGCAGGAAGUGGAGGACAAGGAAAAUCGCCCUCUGGAGCAGAGUCAGGUCAAGGUGAAGGAAGCCCCGGAAGCAUCCACAUCCUGGCAGGACUCGGUGUCUGAACGGCCUCCUUACUCGUACAUGGCCCUGAUCCAGUUCGCCAUCAACAGCACCGAGAGGAAACGCAUGACCUUGAAAGACAUCUACUCGUGGAUCGAGGACCACUUCCCCUAUUUCAAGUACAUCGCCAAACCAGGCUGGAAGAAUUCCAUUCGCCACAACCUUUCGCUCCACGACAUGUUUGUUCGGGAGACAUCUGGCAAUGGCAAAGUCUCCUUUUGGACCAUUCACCCCAGUGCCAACCGCUACUUGACACUGGACCAGGUAUUUAAACCACUGGACCCAGGGUCUCCACAAUCGCUCGAGCACUUGCAAUCACAGCAGAAACAGCACAACCCAGAGCUGCGCCGGAACGUGACCAUCAGAACUGAACUCCCCCUAGGCGCACGACGGAAGAUGAAGCCUCUGUUACCGCGGGUCAGUUCCUACCUGGUGCCCAUCCAGUUCCCGGUGAACCAGCCCCUGGUGCUGCAGCCCUCUGUAAAGGUGCCACUGCCCCUAGCUGCGUCCCUCAUGAGCUCAGAGCUUGCCCGCCACAGCAAGCGCGUCCGUAUUGCCCCCAAGGUGCUGCUGACCGACGAUGGUAGCAUCGGCCCGCUGUGCACCGUGGGGACCCGGCCUGAGGAGCAGCAGCCGCAGCAGCAGCAGCAGCAGCCCGGGGAAGCGUUGACCCCUCUGCCCAUCAAGGAGGAAGACGUGGAGUCGCCCCUGUCGUUGGCCAGACCCCUCCCGGUGCUGAGCCCCCCCUUGGAAGAGUGGCCCUCGCCCAGCCCCUCAAUCAAGGAGGAGGCGUCUUGCUCCUGGGAAGAUUCGUCCCACUCGCCCACGCCCAAGCCCAAGAAGUGGCCCCGAAUGCUCCAGUCCCCCACAAGGCGAGUGUCGGAGAUGCUGGUCCUCCAGCGACGGGAGAAGCGGGAGAUGAGCCGCUCCCGGAGGAAGCAGCACCUGCGCCCUGAGGAGCCGGACCUGCUCUUCGCAGACGGGACAGCCGCCUGCGGGCAAGCCCCGCCGCUGGCCCUGGCGAUCCCCCACGAGGCUUCUGAGCCGGAGCCCACGCCAGCCUGUCUCCCCGAGGAAGGGGGCCUUGGCCCCUUCAGGACCCCCAUCAAAGAGAUGCUGCCCAUCUCCUCCACGCCCAGCAAACCCGCCGCACUCCCCAACAGCAGCCCCGAGGCCUGGCGGCUGACACCCCCUGGCCGAGUUGGGGGGCUGGAUUUCAGCCCCGUGAGAGCCCUGCCUGACGCCCUGGGACUGACGGAGCUCAGCAGCACCCCCCUGAAAAGCCUCCCCCUCUUCGACUCACCCCGGGAGCUGCUCAACCCCGAGCCCUUCGACCUCGCCUCGGACCCCUUCGGCGGCUGUUCCCCCUCCGAGCUGGAAGUCCCCCCGCAGCCGGGCUCCCCCGAGCCCCAGCUAGCCAACCGGUCCCUGACGGAAGGCCUGGUGCUCGACACCAUGAACGACAGCCUCAGCAAGAUCCUGCUGGACAUCAGCUUCCCCCGCCUGGACGAGGACCUGCUGGGCCCCGACGGCAUCAACUGGGCCCAGAUCCUCCCCGAGCUGCGGUAG